UUAAAGGCAGACUGCGACCGCACCAACGCACUCUCCUCAGGCCGCAUUUUGCACUGCGUGUACUAAAUCUGGCCCUUACAAAACGCCGCUUUUGCUGUUGGAACGCCCCUUAGUCCAGUCUGCAAACACUGAUACUUGAUUCAUUUGGUCCAUUCCCAUUUAGCAAAAGCCAUGCCUAAAUGCAACUCGUUUUACAUGCUAACGUUUGCUCUGACCAUUCCCAGGCUACUGCUUCGGUGGAAUUUAGAAAAAUUUAAACGGAUCAACAUGUAGGCUACACUAGGAAAACGGCUUGUGGAUGAUGAUUUCAGCCCUGGUCAUUAUUCCUGUAAGUCUCAACGACGGACUAAACGUAAAAUAACCCUUUUCCAACGCUGGCAUAGACGCAUCCAGAAUAAAACAUCGGCGCAUGGACUUCAUGUACGAGUAGAUCUAGCCUACAGAAAUGAUAACCGCAGAAAGGAGAGGGAGCAGGAAAAGAGACGGAUUGUAAUGGCUGAAAAAGACGGACAGAUGGAAGCUGAAACGGCCUGUGACACAGUGGUUAUGAGGCACCAACCCAUGAACAUGAGUGGGCAUAAAGCAGAGAGGAUUCUGGGAUGCUGUAAGACGUUCAGGCUCCGUGAUUGGCUGACGCUGGUGUCGGGGCUGGUGGAGUGCCUGUGUUUUGCGGGGGUGGUCUUCGGUUGGGCCUCCCUGGUGUUCGUCCUGAAAGAGGACGGCUACUUCAGCGAAUUCUGCGUCAACAGCACUGGAGCCAACAACACUGGAGCCAAAAACAGUGUGUUCACAGACUGCAGUGCUCAAGAUGAGCAGUUCGCCAUGAUCUUCACCAUCGCUUCGUUCCUGAACAGCUUCUUUGCAUUUUUCCUUGGAUAUGUGUUUGACCGCUACGGAACCACGGCAGCACGGAUACUGGGGAUAUCUCUGUACACCACCGGGACUCUUCUGGUUGCUGUGUCAAGUCCAGCGACGUCCUCUCUGAUCCUGCCAGCGACGUCGCUCAUCGACGUGGGCGGCAUCCUGUUCCUCAUGACAAACAUACAGGUGGGGAACCUUUUUGGUCGAUAUCGCUCCACCAUCAUCACCCUCUACAAUGGACCCUAUGAUUCUUCCUCCUCCAUCUUCCUCAUCUUCAAGGUGCUGCAUGAACAAGGUGUUUCUCUGCGCUCCUCCUUCCUCUUCAUGUCGUCCUGCAGCGUCAUCCACCUCCUCAGAACUUUCUUCCUCCUGCCCAAGACCCACAUCCCCUACCCCCUGCCUGAGAACUACACUUAUGGUGGGAGCUGCAGCCACCCUUCCCUGAGGCUGGAGCUGACAGAGAUGAGAGAGGCAGGUGUCGGUGAGCAUGUGGAAGGUGAGAGAGGGACUCAGACUGACCCUAGUGGUGGGGAGGCCUUGCAGCAAUCUGAGCACACUCCAGUGAAAGAUCCCAGUUUCAGGAGCUGUGUCCUGUCCGGGUUCUUCCUGGCGCACCUGGUCUGGCUCUCCCUCAUGCAGCUCCGGCUCUUCCUCUUCAUCGACAUCCUCAACCCCAUCGUAGAACGUCUGGCGGACGGGGAUCCCGCCCUCGUGAGCAGGUACACCAAUGCCUUUGGCUUCACUCAGUUGUGUGGGGUUUUUUGUGCUCCCUGGAACGGGCUCCUUCUGGACCGACAGAAGAAGAAGUGGCAGGCUAAAGGAAAGACGGAGAAGGAGGCAGGCUUGCGUUCCUCUGCUCUCUCCCUCUUCAUCACUUCUCUCCUGUGCCUCCUCUUCUCCGUCUGCGCCUCCAUCCCUGUGCUCCCUCUGCAGUAUCUCACCUUCGCCCUGCAGGUCGUCAGCACCUCCUUCCUCUUCGGCGGGAACGCCGCCUUCAUCAGCAUCGCGUUCCCCUCCUGCCAUUAUGGGAAGCUGUACGGUCUGAUGUCCACCCUGUCAGCGGUCGUGCUGCUCUUACAGUUUCCCCUGUUGAUGUUGGUGAAUGACACCCUGCAGGGAGACCCUCUGUAUGUAAACGUGGGACUGACCCUCCUGACUCUGGUUACCCUGAUCCACCCUCUGUAUGUCCACCUGCACUGCCGCAGACUGGUCAGCCAGAGAGACUGCCAGCCGGAGGCCACUAAACCCCACUUUCUGUACCUAAGCCCAGGGUAUGUGCGCUUCUAAGGAGACACCAGCACCUGCGGCCACACCGCAUCCCUUUAGCCACAAAGAUUUCCAUCAGGGGCCCUUCCUUUCCUGGCAGCAUAUACUGUGUGCAUACCUGGAAUUAGUUAAAAAGGAAAUGAAGGGGUGUCUCGGUGGCGCAGCCUGUAGAGCACUGACCGCAUGCUCAUUGCGAGCCGCGACGUCGGCGGUUCGAAUCCGACCGUACGACAUUUGUCGCAUGUCUUCCCCUCUCUCUCGCUCCCAUUCUUCCUGUCUCUCUCUAUACUAUAUACUGUCCAAUAAAGCUGAAAAAUUAUCUUUAAAAAAAAAAAAGAGGAAGGAAAUGAAGUGUAUAUAUAUCAUAUAAACCACAACAUGAUUCAACAUUAAAAUUGGUCAUUGGUUUCAUUGGUCAUGGUGAGGCUCACAAAACAAUGAACAAUAACGAGUUCAAGUUCAAGUUUCACCUGCAAACAUCAUGGCAUAGAAGUGGCAUGACAUGUGGCGGAUUGAUUUGUUUUGUUGUUUGCCUGGCGUUUAAAGAGCUGAGUUUUCCCCAGUCAGAAGGUGGUAAUGUGGUAAUGGAUUGAUUUGUUUUGUUGUUUGCCUGGCGUUUAAAGAGCUGAGUUUUCCCCAGUCAGAAGGUGGUAAUGUGGUAAUGGAUUGAUUUGUUUUGUUGUUUGCCUGGCGUUUAAAGAGCUGAGUUUUCCCCAGUCAGAAGGUGGUAAUGUGGUAAUGGAUUGAUUUGUUUUGUUGUUUGCCUGGCGCUUAAAGAGCUGAGUUUUCCCCAGUCAGAAGGUGGUCAUGCGGUAAUGGAUUGAUUUGUUUUGUUGUUUGCCUGGCGUUUAAAGAGCUGAGUUUUCCCCAGUCAGAAGGUGGUAAUGUGGUAAUGGAUUGAUUUGUUUUGUUGUUUGCCUGGCGCUUAAAGAGCUGAGUUUUCCCCAGUCAGAAGGUGGUCAUGCGGUAAUGGAUUGAUUUGUUUUGUUGUUUGCCUGGCGUUUAAAGAGCUGAGUUUUCCCCAGUCAGAAGGUGGUAAUGUGGUAAUGGAUUGAUUUGUUUUGUUGUUUGCCUGGCGUUUAAAGAGCUGAGUUUUCCCCAGUCAGAAGGUGGUAAUGUGGUAAUGGAUUGAUUUGUUUUGUUGUUUGCCUGGCGCUUAAAGAGCUGAGUUUUCCCCAGUCAGAAGGUGGUCAUGCGGUCACUCCCAUCACAUGACGCAGCAUUCGGCUUCUUUGCUAUUAGGCUUCGUUCGGUGGGAUUCCAGACGGCAACGUCUCUCCUGCCAAUGUGCUCCUCCAGCCCAGGGUAUACUCCCUCAGUGAAGCCUGGAAAAACUAGUAAACUAAUCACGACGGGCUUAACAUGCUAGAUCAGUAACAUGAAUGCAGAUACAUUUCAUAAAAAUACAUCAAAGAAAUGCUCCCUGUGAAGUAAUAAUAUGGCUGCAGUAGUGCAGUCAGUGCAGCUGUUGGGCCCUUGAGCAUGGCCCUCAGCCCUGGGGGGAUUGGCCCCGCCUGUAAGUCUCAUCAUUGCAUUACAUUACAUUAUUGGCAUUUGGCAGACGCUCUUAUCCAGAAGGACGUACAACAAAGUGCAUACCCAUAACCAGGGAUCAACUGUAAAUUGCUUUGGAUGAAACCAUCAAUUAAAUAACUGUAAUGUAA